UAAUUACAGAAACUUUCAAAGUAUGUGAUGUACCAGUGAAAUUAACUAAGCAUUGUUAAAUCAUAAUUUUGCACAAUGUUUAUCCCUUCUGGUGGAUAUUCUCCAUUUAUGCUAAAUUCAGCUUGUUCCAUGGGGCAUGGGAAUAUCCUAAAUCCUCAUUUUAUUUUUGUGUCAGGUAUUUCCAGAAGUGUGCAAGACAGUUUUCAAGAGAAAGACUUAUAUGUGUGGUAUGGAGUUGUUAGUUGUACCUGGUGAAUGCUGCAAGAAACUCUGUGACUCCAUUUUGUUUCUGGUAUUAUUCUCAGUUACUGUCUCUUUGCAUUUUGAGACAGAGAAGAAUGCCACAAAACUGUCAGAUCUUAUCUUGUAGUGUGAACAGUUUUAUGGAAGAGAAAUACAAACCGAAUUGAUGGAUACCACAGAAGGUACAUCAAAUAAAGGAGGGGAGUAUGCGUUACCAGACAUAGCAUCAGCACCCGCCCUUCCACCCCGUAAAGUAUCCCGGUCACAUCCUCACUCUGAUGAGAUUGAGUUGGAAGUAGAGAGGAAGGAAAGACUGCCCGACAGCAUCCCAGCUCCAGCGUUGCCUCCACGUAAGGCCUCGUGCUCACACCCUACACCAACCGUUGAAGUGGAGGCAGAGAAAGAUAAGGCACCUAACGAGCUCCCUCUGUCACUUCAGGAAGCGGAGUGGUACUGGGGUGGUAUUACACGGGAAGAAGUGAAUGAAAAGUUGAUGGAUACACCAGAUGGCACAUUUCUAGUACGCAACGCAUCCAGUAAAGGUGGAGAGUAUACAUUAACACUCCGUAAGGGUGGCACAAAUAAGUUGAUCAAGAUCAGUCAUCGUAAUGGCAAAUACGGUUUCUCGGAACCAUUCAAAUUUAAUUCUGUCGUGGAGCUGGUAAACCAUUAUCGAACCACAUCUCUGGCACAGUACAAUUCAACUCUGGAUAUAAAACUUCUAUAUCCAGUGUCACGAUUGCAACAAGAUGAUGAGAUCUCAAGUAUGACUGACAUCAGCAACGUGGCACAGAAAUUAGUGGAAAUCCAUAAGGAGUACAUGUCCAAGACACGGAUGUACGAUGAGUACUCUGAAGAUUUCUUACGUUCCUCACAAGAUAUACAGCUGAAACAUCAAGCCUUAGAUGCCUUCAGAGGAGCCGUGGCUAUGUUUGAGGAACAAAUAAGAAUUCAAGAGAAGUAUCAGCGUGAGGCACAGCCCCAUGAAAUUAAAAGUUUGGAAGACAAUGCAGAUAUGCUAAAGCAACGUCUUCAGUGCUUAGAAGAGAGUCGCAGACAGCUGGAAGAGAACCUAAAGCAGGAAAGAGCUUUCAACCGCACGCUAGAACGUGAGAUGCACUCUUUAAAACCGGACAUAAUUCAGCUAUUCAGGCAGCAAGAACGCUACCAAACAUGGCUCAAAUCGCGGGGGGUGAAGCAUCAGCGCAUUUCUCAGUUCCUGGCCUCAGAUGGGUCUACUCCGUGGGCAUUUGAUGACCUUGACCAAGAUGACGAAGAUCUGGACAACCUGCCGCAUCAGGAUGAGACAACAUGGCUCCUGCCAGAGUGUUCACGGACAGAAGCAGAACGUUUGCUGGCCGGUCAACCUGAUGGCACAUUUUUAGUUCGUCCCAGUCGCACAGGACAAUACGCCCUGUCCAUAACUUGCAAUGGCACUACAAACCAUUGCAUCAUAUAUGAAACAGAACGUGGCUACGGGUUUGCUGAACCUUACAACAUAUAUGAAUCGCUCAAGUUACUUGUGCUUCAUUAUGCGCAGAAUUCUCUUGAGGAGCACAAUGAUUCCCUUACUACAACACUAGCAUUCCCGGUGUUUGCACACGCAUAUACACAAGAGGUCACCCAAGCAGCUAAAAGGUUUGGGUAUGUGAUGAAUGUGGUGUAAAGGUUGAGAUUAUUUUAUAUUUGGUCCAAUAGUCAAGGAACCAAAGUGUGCUUAUGGUGAACAUUGGUCCUGACCAAAUUACUUUCAACAUGAAAAAUUGUCGCACAAUAAUUAUAUCACCAAACUUGUCUGCUCCUUUCCAUUUUUGUAUCAUGAUUGACUCAGUGUUUUUUUUAAGUUACAGAUGUCUAUAAAACUGUGGGGGUCUGGUUUUAAAACAUAUGUAUGUAUAUAUUUUAGUUUGUCUGUCAGAGCUUGCAAAUAACAGUUAUACACAUCGGGCAAGGUGUUCUUCAGUUGAACAUGAACUUUUUGAGUUACAGUUUUAGGGAUAUAGAACCUGUACACAAUGUUUUAAUAUGUCAUGACCUGCUUGAGGGUACAGUAUCUUAGCAUUUGCAUGGAGCUACUGAAGAAGGCCACACAGAAUAGGAAUAUAGCCAAUAAACAGGCUGAAUUUCAUAAUUUUUAUCUCAACUGAAUUUGUGUUGAUGUACCACAGAUAAGGUCUGCCAUUAUGCACCUUUUUCCAGCUGCUUUGUUCUGUUACAUUAUUUCAGAAAUAUGUCCUAAAAUGAUGUAAUAUAUCAUAUUUACUUCUUUCAAGUCUCCUUGAAUAGGUUGAAGUAGUGACAAUUUAUAUUUCAGAUCUUUGCAAGGUUAUUGGCUAACCUGACAAGAAGUUCUGUAUGGUUUCCCUAUGAGUUUUCAUGCAUGUCAUAAUAGUACCUUCAAAUUGGCCGUAACUACCACCUUCAAAUAUUUAUAUGCCCACAGUUCAUGAUUAUCAUCCUCUCUCUGUUGAUAUAUAUAUCCACUGCAGUUGACAUAGCAUUGCUAAAUAACUGAUGAACUGUUAUCUUGCUGCAUUCCUCUCCUGCCAAACUAUGUGAAUACAAGUACAAACACAUUUGGUAAAUAUUUAACAGAAGUGCCGAUCCCAUCAAGUGAGAGGCCACUGCAUAUGUAAAUGUAAUUUGUUCAAACAGACGUCAUUCGGAUGCAUAGGAAUUUUUAAGUGUAGCUUUCAAAGCUUGAAGAGUCAGAAUAUACAGUGAUUAUUUCUUUUGUGUUCCAUUUCCAUUUCAAAUGUGCUAAGUUCAAAUUUUGGUUUUCCUAGAAAAACAGCUGGCCCAGUGGGUAAAAUCCCAAUGUUAGAGCAUGGAAGUGAUUUUUUUUUGCUAGUGGGGUAGGACUAAGUCCCUUGUACUGUGGCCACUUCUGGCCUAUUGUACCAGCCC